AUGUCUGCCAUUGCGUCAUUCGAUUCGCUAUAUAACAGUAUAAUCGCCACGAAUUGGCAAGAAUGGUUAUUAGAGAACUCGUCAGAUCGAGGACGCCUUCUGAACCUACUUCGAACCCAAUAUUACACAUUGGAUCCCUUGGUAUCAGCCACUGUAAUAACUUUUGGAAUAGCAAUCAUCUGUUGGGUACUGGCUGUUUUAGCUAAUAACCAUUCUCAGGUUGAUAGACUAUGGAGUAUUACUCCAGUCCUCUUUUCUUGGCAUUUUGCACUCCAUUCGUUUAUCACGGAGAGUAAUGAGUUGAGUGUACGUGGAGUCAUUAUGAGCGUGUUGAGUACCCUCUGGGGUAUAAGGCUUACUUAUAACUUUGCUCGAAAAGGAGGAUAUAAAUGGUCAAACGAAGACUAUCGAUGGUCAUAUGUGAAGAAGGGCAUCCCUCGACCAUUCUUCGAAAUUCUUAAUGUUGUGUUUAUCUCACUCUAUCAGAAUUUUUUAUUAAUGAGUUUAACUCUACCAGUAUAUCUAGUCUGUUCUAUUGGAGGUGAUGGCCCAUUGAACUGGAUUGAUGUAGUUGCAGGUGUCUCGUUUAGCUUAUUCUUCGUAGGAGAAACUAUAGCUGAUCAGCAACAAUGGAAGUUUCAAAACGAAAAGCACAUAAUAAUCAAAGCAGCAGCCAAGAAUACUAACGGGCCGAAGUUGUAUGACGGUGACCUUGGGUUGGGUUAUUUAACUCAUGGUCUUUUUCGAUAUUCAAGACAUCCUCAUUACUUCUGUGAAAUGGGUCUUUGGUGGAGUUAUUACCUCUUUGGCGUUGCUGCAACAUUACAGCCUAACACUUGGAUCCAAGCAUUAUGGUUCAAUUGGACCAUGGUUGGUGCAGUCAAUUUGACACUUUUGUUCCAAGGAAGCACACUUCUGACUGAAAAAAUCAGCAUGGGUAAGUAUCCAUCAUACUGCAAAUACAGAAAAAUAACCAGUAGAUUUAUUCCAUGGUUUCCAGGAGAGGACAUUAGUCCUGGGAAGGAGAAAACCAAAUAA